AUGGAGCUUGUCGAGUUCCCCUGGGCAGGGGCAAGGUCCAGUGACAGUGGGGAGGCCUCUGAUUCGAAAGGCUCGAUGGAUGACGAUGAACUAUCGCUUACUGCUCAUGACAUUCAAAAGACUGAGGAUGUCCUUUGUCAAGACACAUUCAAGAAGUGA